AAGAGCUCCGACUCAACAGCGUCGCCGAGGUCGGUGGUUUUCACGGUCGUCAACUCCCGGCCAGCCUUUCUGAAUUAGAAUGGCGCCCCGUCAACGUGCGCCAUUUGUCCCCGGACGAUGCUAUUUGGGCCGACCUCCGCCACGCGCUCCGCCGCACGCGGCUCGAGUACCUCUGCUGCGACUACUUUGGCGAAGUUUCGGCGCAGCCAUCAAUGGGCCCCGACCUCUCGCAGCUCAAAAAGCUCGACGUAACAUGUUCCCGUGCCGGUGUCGACCACGUGCGAAUGCUGGUCGCCGGCCUUUCGCAGCUGUCGUCGCUCACCGAGCUCUCUCUAGCGCGGAUUGCCGUGGACGCCGAAGCGAUGCGGUCGAUCAUGGAGACAUUGGCGACAAGUUGUCCUCACCUCGCCGUGCUCGACAUUACCCAUCAUGAGCUUGAUUGGCGCGGCAUGCGGGAGGUACUGGUUGCGGUGCCGCGAUUGGCGAGGCUCACGCACAUCUUUGCCUCGGGCUGUGCCACCUGUGACGUCGCGCUUUGUUUCGACGAGCUUGUUGCGGCGGGUCGACGCGCAGAAGAGAUUGCGUUGCCAACUUGCUACGAGCGCGGCAGCCGCGAGAUGGAUGACGUGCUGUGGGCGCUGGCCGCGAUACCCGAUGUGCCGUUCGUUAUCCCGAGCUUGCAGUUGCGAGACGCCGAUCCGUAUGUCCAAGCCAUACUUGGUGAAGAAGUGCCGGGUGCGAGUGAGCGGUGCAGCUUGUCCUUCAACUAA